AUGACACUUGCGAAAAUUGAGGAUAAGCUUCAAGGUAAUGGAAGAUCUCUUAAAGAGUUUGACAAGAUGCCUUACCCAAGUUCGGACGUUAUUGAUGGCUUAGAGGAUCGACUCCUACUAGAUGAGCUGAACUUUGAUGUCGAUGCCCUAACUAAGGAGCUUAAGAACAACCUAUCUGAUAUGAACAUAGGUCAGAGAAAAGCAUUUGAUGUCAUCAUACAGGCAGUCAAUGGUAACGCCGGAGGAUUCUUCUUUGUUUAUGGUUGCGGUGGUACCGGUAAGACGUAUCUAUACAGGACUCUAUCAGCUGCAAUUCGAAGCAAAAGGGGCAUUGUACUGAAUGUUGCAUCCAGUGGGAUUGCUUCUUUAUUGCUUCCAAAUGGACGCACAGCUCAUUCAAGGUUUAAGAUACCGCUGGAGUUGACAGAGGACUCAGUAUGUUGCAUUAAGCAAGGUACAUCUUUGGCCAAGUUGAUAUGCAAAGCUAGACUUAUUAUAUGGGAUGAGGCACCAAUGCUCAACAAACUUUGCUACGAAGCACUCGACAAGUGCUUUCGUGACAUCCUGAGCUCAGAACCAUAUUAUAAUGCAGAAUUACCUUUUGGAGGUAAGGUCGUGGUACUAGGAGGUGACUUUAGACAGAUUCUUCCAGUCAUUCCAAUGGGCUCCCGUCAGGAUAUUGUUCAUUCAGCUAUCAAUGCUUCGUAUCUAUGGCAACACUGUACUGUUCUAACCCUGACAGUGAACAUGCGUUUAACUAUUGGACCAACAGAUAAAGCUGUGGAUGAUGUUAUUGAGUUCUCAAAAUGGCUGUUGGAUAUUGGGGAUGGCUUGGUUGGGGAUUCUAUGGAUGGGGAGUCAGAGGUGCAUAUUCAUCCUGACAUAUUGAUACAUGAUUCAAUUCGUCCCUUUGAUGAUAUGGUUGAGUUUGUAUACCCUAACCUCUUGGCUAAUAUUACUCAGCCAUCGUACUUUAAACAUCGAUCCAUCCUUGGUCCUACAUUAGAGGUGGUCAAUGAGGUGAAUACGCUCAUAAUGGAUCGUUUGGAAGGGGAUAAAAAAUUUUAUUUAAGCUGUGAUAGUUUGUGUGUUGAGGAAGGAAACAUGGAGUCAGACUUGGACACAAUUACACCGGAUGUUCUUAAUGCUAUUAGCUGCUCUGGUUUGCCCCCACAUCAACUAACUCUAAAAGUAGGUGUGCCAGUCAUGCUAUUGCGCAAUAUUGACCAGUCCAACGGUCUAUGUAACGGGACAAGAUUACAAGUACGGAAACUAGGAAAUCAUGUCGUUGAGUGCAUGACGUUAACAGGAAACAAGGUUGGUCAGGUAGUCAUAAUACCGCGAAUGGAUAUGAUUCCUACCAACCAAGGUCUGCCGUUUAGGUUUCAGAGGAGACAAUUCCCAAUUAUUGUGUCCUUCGCAAUGACGAUUAAUAAGUCACAGGGACAAACUUUGACCACGGUUGGGUUGUACUUGCCAAGGCCAGUUUUUUCGCACGGCCAGCUGUAUGUUGCACUAUCAAGAGUAAAGUCAAAGAAUGGACUCAGAGUGUUAAUUCAGAAUAAUAAAUGCAACGUGGCCACUUCGACUAUCAAUGUGGUCUACAGAGAAAUAUUCGGGAAUAUCCACUAG